GUCUACCGAAGUUAGUAACAGGAACAGGAAAGAAUGUGUAUGUAUGUAUUAUUUUUAUGUUUUUACAUUGUUAACUGGUAUCUUCUUGACUGUUAUUAAUAAUCCCAUGUAUGAAGAAUGAAUGUUUGGGGCUGAGUGAAGAUUACAUCAAAGAUUGGGAUGGAGCCAUGUCUUUAAAGUUCCAAUUUCAGUCAGAGUUGUUUAGAUUGACUUACAUCCUCUUAUUUUAACAAAAUGGCUGAAUCUGUAUGGAAUACAGUUUGAUGUACAGAAUUUAAAAAAUAGUUGGCCCAUAGUACGAUUCAAAGGCUAGUAGUUCCCCCCUUCCAUAGUUCGAGUCCAUCUUCAAAUAUUGCUGUAGUGUGACACAGGCAUACUGAAGGCAGACUACAGGUAAUACAGUGGUGUGUUGACACUGUAUCAGGGGAAAAUAUUAUUGACACCAAAUGUCAUUUUUCCAGUUCUAUGAAUGGUAUACAAAACAAAAAAGUCUACAGGAAACUGAUAAAAGCUGAUGUGAACUACAGUUGAUUAAAAUAAAAAUGUACGGGUCAUGUAAACCAUCAAAAAAUUCCAUCAUAACCUAUAAACUGAAGAACCACACAAACCCACACCAGACACACACGCACACGCAUGUAAAAACAAAAAUCAAAACUUGGUGCAUUCAGAGUGCUUUUUCAACAAUUAACGAAUACUUUUAUUUACACUUCUGUCUAGGAUUUCUUAUCCGAACAGACUAUCCGGACUAACUUAAUUAACCGCUCCCUCAGUCGUUAUUUAGGUGUGUACUGUCGGACGUUUCCACAACACUUUUUCGUGUUUAACCUGUUUGAUUAGUUAAUGUCGCAACGGGUAUUCGUUUAGUUUUGAUGGUUGUCUCGCGAACCCUUUAAUAGUCGUAGAAAUGCACCAGAACGAACCUGCCUGAACUUCGCUUACGGAGCGCCACAUUUAAGGGUUUACAACUGAGCGUGACAGCUGUCGUCGCUUUAACAAUUAUGGAGGGGCAGUGGAAUUUCAGGUUCGGAGUAGUUAUCCUAGGUGACUCCGCGGUGGGAAAAUCAUCACUGCUGCGCCGCUACACCGAGGGGACUUUCGAAGACUCAAACCAGUCUCCUCUGGGAAUCGAUUUCAAAGUGCAACAUCUGAGCUUCGACCCAGGCGUCACCAUAAAAAUGCUUCUGUGGGACACCGCGGGACAGGAGAGAUUCAGGUCAAUCUCCAAGUCCUACAUGCGGAACUCGGUGGGCUGCAUCCUGCUGUUCGACCUGACCCAGCGGCAGACCUUCGAGCGGGUGAGGGAGUGGCACCGCGAGGUGGUGGAGUACGUGCAGCCGGCCGUCAUGGUGUUCACGCUGGUGGGCCACAAGAGCGACAUGGUGGUGCGCAGGCAGGUGCGGCGGACGGAGGCGGAGGCGCUGGCCAAAGAGCUGGACAUGGGCACUUACGUGGAGGUGUCCUCCAAGGACGACGUCAACGUCACCCUGGCCUUCGAGACUAUCGCCAGGGAGAUCUACGAGAAGCACCGCAACGGCAUGAUCCCCAUCAUCGAUGACUGGCACGGGCUGGCCAUCGGAGUCCCCGUCGAAAAGGAAACUCCCAAACCUGAGAAAAAAGGUUGCUGCGGGUGACACCCCAUCCUUACCCCAAGCUACAACAGUUUCCACAUUCAGAAGAGGUUUUUCGAUGGAUUUUUUUUUUUUUUAAGUCAGUCGGUAAUAGUCCCCAUUGUCACAGUUACUGCAAUCCAUUUAGACUCAUGGUCCAAGCCCUUUAACUAGUUUGGAAAUCAUUUGCGUUUUGUUAUUCUGGAAAAAGUGUUCAAGUGUGAAAAUGGCAGCUGUCAUAAGUGAACAGCGGCAAGUCAGCUGAUGCUUUUCCCCUUCUGUGCACCAGAGUUGGGGUCAAUGCUGUUCAUUCAGUUCAGGAAAUUAUUUGAAAUUCAAUCAAUUAAUUGAGAAAUUAUUGUGAAAUAUGCACAUUUUCAAAUUCAUGAACAGAAUUUCAAUUGAUUUGUUGAACUGAAUAAAGUGACAUUUGGAAAUGA